UAUUUGAUAGGAGGUAAAGUUUUCUCACAAAAAUACCUGUACGAGCGUUAAUAGCGGUCGCAGCGUCCUCUUAUCUAUCACCAUACGAGAUAUUUCCACUCGUAACUAAUUAUCAUACGAAAAAUGGAUCCUGGGGGCCCUCCUGAGGGGGCCCCUAGUGACCCCCUGGAUAUACCAGGCAUCGACAAAGUCGUCGAUGUCACUGAAAAUUGGCACUCGGAGCACAAUACUCCUCCCCCGAUCUCUGAUCAACCGAGGAAAGUCAACAACAACAGGCUGCUGUUUCUUACUGUCGAAUAUGUUGAAGACAACUCAAAAGAUUACUCACGAAUAUUUCCGACGUACGAACAGGUCCCUUUUUCCCCUCAAGCAUCAUCCCCACUUUCUGAUUUUGAGCACCGAGUAAGUCCAUUAGAUCCGAACAUGAGUUCUGCAGCUCGGUAUUCGCCUACUCCUGUCCAACUCCCACCAUCCCCAUUCCAUAACUCUGUUGUUGUUCUUCAAGGACCGUCCUCACCUCUGAUUUCUACCUCUGAUCAAAAUGUACGACCGACAAUUAAUUAUGUCACACAAUUGGCAGAUCAAUCUGCCACACAAACUGUUGUCCAGGCUGAUACUGCCUCAGAUUUUGUUGUCGCAGGCAACGAUGAAGGUCUUGAUGCGGGAGUUAGCGGUGAAUUGAUCUUGAUGCAAGGUGCUGCGCCGGAGCUGGAGAGUUCCACAGCGCCACUGAUGUUAACUGGUAUACCAAGUGCAGAUUUUGCAUUGGCAAGAGAUUUUCUUGUCACUCAUGAAGAGCAAUUGAAUGCAAUGAGUGGAUAUAAAAAUCAGAACCUAGAUAUCGAAGAGACAAAAAUUGCACACCUUGAAGUCAAAGUUGGAGAUGAUUCACAGCUAGCAAUGCAUCCGCAAGAAAGUCCCAUUGGUCCAGUUCUUCCUGAUUUCAAUAAAGAUAAUGUGUUAAAGACGUCUGCUGACCAAAAAGGAGUGCGAAGAUCCAAGAGGCAAAUCAGUGACAAAAAAGCAUUGUGGUGCAAGAAAUGCGAUGUUGGUUUUGUUGACGCUGACAAUUGUACUCUACACAAUGUCCAGACUAUUGCGGAUCAACCUGUUCCAUCAAGAGCUAGAGCAACCUUGCCUGGUUCAUACCUUACGAUAAAUAAGUUACCCACAUCAAGCACUGUACAGGGAGGACCAGUGUAUGGGGUUUUUGCCAAACGCAAUAUACCAAGACGCACUCAAUUCGGUCCCAUUGAAGGAAUUUUAUGUACAUAUGACGGAAUAAUACCACAGAAUACACUGCCUCUCUUGUACCAAACAGAUGAUGGAGAAUUUUUGAAGAUAGACGUUUCUGACGAAAAUGCGUCAAAUUGGAUGCGCUUUGUUCGACCUGCGUCAACAUAUAAAGAACAGAAUUUGGUAAUCAGUCAACAAGGUGAGGGUAUUGUAUUUCUCACAGUAAGAAAUAUCUUGCCAAAAGAAGAGCUGAAAGCGGGACCGAGUAUUGAAUAUGCCAGUUCUAGAAAUCUAUCAAUACUUAUACCUGAUUCGAAGGAUGAAAUAGAAUUAAAUAAUGAACGGAAUCCCUGGCCAUGCUUUGAGUGCAAUCAACGAUUUCUUACAUCAGAAAAACUUCAAAAGCAUCUUAAUGUUCACGAUGGUCCAAGAAUUGAUGUUAAACCUCGAAACAAGUGCAAAAAGAUUCAUACCAGUUCGAAAAAACUCUUCAAAAUUGUUGAUGGUCAAACAGUUCUCUACACAUGUCCAUAUUGUUCGAAGGUUUUUCCUCGAAGUUACAGUUUGAAACGUCAUUUGUUAAUACAUCCUGGAGCCAAGGCCCCCCGUUACGAGUGUCGAAUUUGCAGUGAAAAUUUUCUGCACCCUUACAACCGGAGUCGGCAUAUAAAAAUAUUCCACAGUGGAAAUUCUAAUGAAAAAGAAAAUAAGAAACAAAAUAUGUCUGAAUGGAAAUGCCUCAAUUGUAAUUUGAUAUUUGCAAAGGCUGUUCUGCUUGACUUACAUACACUAAUUCACAAUCCCAAUAAUGUCAAAAAUGAACGCCAUCCUACUAGCUGCCCGCAGUGUGGCUCUGAAUUCGAGAAACAAAAUGAGUUAAUCAAACAUGUCGCUGAACAUGGCAGACAACAAGCACAAAAUACCACAAAGCAAACUCCUUUGGCAGCUUAUAAAUGCUCCAUGUGUUACAAGCGUUUUGCAACCAAAGUGCGCUUACAGCAGCACUCCCUUGUUCACGGUGCUGAUGACAAAAAGCCACUGCCGUGUAACGUUUGUCUGAAACGGUUUAUGAACAACUCUGCACUGUCGUGUCAUCUGAAAACACAUAGAGAAGAUAAACAAAUUUUUGAAUGUCCAAUGUGCAGACAAUCGUUCGACCAAGUCUUGAUGUUGAAAGAUCAUAUUGAAACUCACCGCACCGAAGACGGAAUCUUUAACUGCCCUCAUUGUCCAAAAUCAUUCACUAAGUAUUCCGUGAUUCGAAAACAUAUCAGAGCCCACCACUGCGAAAGAAAGCACAAAUGUCAAUUUUGCGCAAAACGUUUCCCCACUCUAGACAAAUUGAGAAUGCAUUUGCUACGUCAUUCCGAUCAUAGAGAAUUUCAUUGUGCCAAUUGCGAUAAACAAUUCAAAAGAAAAGACAAAUUGAAAGAGCACAUGACAAGAAUGCAUAAUGCAGAGCGAGAGAGUCAGCAGCAGAUGGCUCAAGGACAACAAGCAAAAAAAUUUGUUCCCAAGCCAAAUUAUAUUUUAUCGCAGGUCAAUCCAACUGAUUAUAAUCGUUUUGUCUACAAAUGCCACCAAUGCUUGGUGGGCUUCAAAAGACGGGGUAUGCUUGUAAAUCAUUUGGCUAAAAGACAUCCGGAUGUCCCUCCAGAAUCUGUUCCCGAAUUAAACUUACCGAUUUUAAGACAAACUAGGGACUAUUAUUGCCAAUACUGUGAGAAGGUGUACAAAAGCAGCAGCAAGCGGAAGGCUCACAUUGUAAAAAAUCAUCCUGGUGCAGCCUUACCGCCAAGUAAUCGUCGUAAAGAAUCGGAUGCACCUGGAGUCCCAAAUCCAACGUUCAGUCAAACUGUUGGCAGCAUUACUACAACUCCGCAAGGGUGUCAGUGGUGUCAUAAGCAGUACGCGAGUAAGGCUAAGCUUCUACAGCAUCAACGCAAGAAGCACCCUACCCUGAUGGAGCCUGCGUUUCAAGUACCUCGUCCUCGCAACCGUCACACUCAAAGCCAGAAUCUUGACUCUACUAUAACUGACAAUAAUUUUCUGAUGUCCGAUUACAUACAAGCGUACGAUAUAGACACAGAUUUCCUGAAACCAAAAGUAAUUAAGUUAGUAGAGGGUGUUGAUCUGAUUGGAAAUGGUCUAGACAUGGUAGGUCAGCAGUUUUUACGUAUGCGCGAUAUACGUUGAAAAUGAUGAGUCAAUUUAAUUUGGGAUCCUAAAUGAAUAAUGAGAUAUGAAUCUCGUGAACGUUGUGCACAGGCAAAAGUUGAAUUGUACUUUAUGCUGUUGUUGCCAAAAACCAAGGGUGUCGUCGCUGCGAAUACCAGUGACGAUAUUUGACCUGAACUUUAAGAAACAGAUUGUUGGCGCGAAUACGAAAUGUUAGCGCUCACCCUGUGAAAGGGUGGUUUCUUGUUGGAUCAUUUCUAAUGAUCAGAAUUUCUUCGAGAAGGUUGUCAGAACGGAAUCAAUAACAGGCAGAACUUUUCUCCGAACAGACUGACGUUCUGUGAAGCAUUAUUAUAUGGUAUACAUGUAUGUGUAUAGCGAAUUUGUUCUUUUGAACUUUAUCGCCGGAAGGGGCUUCAAAAUUGAAAUGAAAUGACAGUGGAUCGGUUAUUGAGUGACAGAUAUAUAUAUAUAGAGAGAGCGAGAGAGAGAAAGCAUGAGUGUAAGAAAGAAAAAGAAAUUGAGACAAAGAGUUAAGCCGAAUUAUUAAUAAAUUUCAAGUGCAACUAUAAUAAUGAUUUCACACGCACGCCAAAGAUUAUCGAGUGACAGUCAUUGAUUGUUGAAAAUGCGGCAGUUGUAUAAUUAAAUUGUUACACAGUGAUAGUCCAUUGUAACACUAUAGUGCUAGGGAUGGAAUUAAUAUUGACUAGUGUUAUUUGUUUCUGUCACAGUUUCAUUCUGCAACUCCGUCUAUAAUUGUAACCAAAAUUUUCAUCUCUUCGCAAUAUCUUUGCAUUACUUACAAGUCUUUUUUCUUGCUCGUCUUUCUCACAGUUAUUUUCACUAAUCAAGAUUUAUAUUAUCGUUUAACUGCUGCAUAUGUAAUUCUGAAACAAAAAGAAUUAAUGAUAGAAAAUUGUCUGUUUUUUUCUUGGCUGCUAUUUGAAACAUUAAAUUCUCAGACGAACUUCGAUAGAUUAUUGCACUACAAGUAUACAAAUGAUACCCCAUCAUAAUCUUGUGCUCGAAUCAAACAUAGUUUCACGUUUUGGGAGGAUAUGAAUCUCUAACUGGACUUGUUUUCAGUAACUUAGUUCGCCUGUUGCAUCACAAGUUUCUCAUCAUAAGAAUUCAUCGAACUUUCAAAUAUUUACUGUUCUCAAUUUAAUACUUGGCUUUAGUGAAGAAAAAAAAAAAAGAAAAAGAAAAUAGAAAAAGUGAAUCACAACUUUUACACACAUAUAUACCUGUAUUCAUAGAUAAAUAUUGAAUCGGAAAACCACUGUGCAGGUAUCGUAAUAGCUAUCGUAUACGCACACCAAUGAAAUAUUAUAUGAAGGAAGAAAUUGAAGUAAAACACAUUUUCAGAUCAAGAUGUAACCCGAAAAUUAGUGCAAUAAAUUUCAAAAAUUCAUUAGUGUAACUUAGGAAUCUAUUUUUUUCUCAUAGUCUCUUUACAGUUCGCAAUAAAGAAUAAAAAAUCAGCCGCAACUAAGUGCAGUUCGCGUAAUCAGCGAGGUAAUAAGUAAUUCGAAAGUAUUGUCAGUCCAUAUUUCACAUUUUCCAUGUUACAUGACUAUACGUAUAACAUAAUUAUCUUAAUGUGAAGAUUUUUUCUAGUAUCGUGAUCGUACAAACCUUUUCAGCUGCAAUGCUUCAACAAAAAAACAAUAGGCAAUAUUCAGCAGCAAAUCUGAAUUCUACUUCUCUCACUAAUUGCCGUUAAGUUUAUACUUCCGUCUAAACGAUCGAAAGAAAAAUAUUCGUCGAAAGAAGGCAAUGAAGGAAAAAAUAUAUAAACACAUUUACAGAAUUUGAUAGUGUUAUAAGAUGAUCCAAGGAAACAUAAUACAAGUUUACAUACUUUGGUUUGAUUAACGUGUGCGAAUUUGACUGAUCUUUACUGUACCCAUACCUCGUAAUAAUUAUCCUGUUCGUUUCGGAAAAAACGCAAAAACGCAAAAACCUUGACCAAUCAACGAGUGAAAUUUAAAACUUGUGACUAAUUUCUCCAUAUCUCCCGUAUGUAUAGAAAUAAUAAUAAUGAUGAUGAUAAUAAUAAUAUAAGUGUCCAAUAAUAAUACUUCCUGGUGUCUAGGAAUGCAGAAAAUAUUAAAUUACGUAUGUAGGAGGCUCCAACCGUAGUUGCAAAGAAAUGAGAACAAUACGGUGCAGGGGAUGAAGGCAACAGCAUUGAAAAAAAAAAUUAUUGAUAAAACGGAGAAACAAAUAGCUACUCACACUGAUAUCGAGAAUAUAUACACUGUCAUUAACUCUGUA